UCUCCUUGGGUAGUUGUCUCCAACCCCACUACCAAUGGAUAUACAUGCAACCACUUUCCCUAGAAAUUAAUGAAGUCCUCCGAUGGCGCCCUUCCCUUCAACGGGCUUCGACCUUUCAUCCAUUUUCGAUGCUUUCUUUUACGGCGUCAUUAUCUCUACUGGAUUGUUCGGGAUCUCAAUCGUUCAGUUGUGGACUUACAUCAAUCUGAGCCGCGAUAGAUGGAUGUUUCGCGUAGUGGUGAUAACUGUGUUUUUCAUGGACAUGGCUACGACUUACCUCGACAUCGGUCUCCUGCAUAACUACCUAAUCUCCCACUUCGGAGACCUGAGUAUAUUCUCCUCUUACUCAAAUCUUUUGGACAUGGAGAUUUUAUUUACGGCGCUGAUUGUCUUUGUGGUUGAUUUGUAUUUCGCCUCGCGUGUAUAUCUACUCAAACAGGUCCAUUGGAGCGUCGUGGCAUUUAUUGUCAGCACCAAUGUCAUAGCUCUUCUUUUAAGCAUCCUGUCAGUUAUUAUAUCCUUUCACCUAGCUGUCUUUACAAGGCUGGGAUUUACAUCCAAAGAUAACGAGAUCAUUGUCGCCCUUGAAAAUGCCAUGACGACGAUGUGCGAAGUGGUGGCGACUACAGCUUUGGCAUGGUCACUCCAUUCGUCGCGGACAGGCGUGCCAAGGACUGAUAACAUCUUACACAAAUUGCAUAACUAUACGAUCACACGGGGUGUUCUCUUGACGGUCGUGCAAAUUCUAUCCCUGGUGUUUUAUGUGGCGCAACCUACAAAGUUGACUUGGAUUGCAUUCCACAUGUGCUUGAGCAAGCUAUAUUUUAUUACCAUGGCCGCUAUGUAUUAGGGUCUACUCGAAAUCUUGUAUGAAUUCUAAC